UUAUAAAGGUUGAGAAUCCCUGUCCUUCGAGCUGUCUCUUUUCUAAUAGCUACAUGAGAUUGAGGGAAAGAGUCCAUUUUCCUGUCUGGCUGUCUUUUUAAAAGGAAUAAAUUUAGUGCUUGUGGAAAGGGCAGAAUUGACAGCUCCAGAGACAGGAGUGCUGGUUGGUUGCAUGUCCUGAAUCACCGCAGCAGUUUGGAGAAGCUUCUGCUCCACCAGCGUGCCCCUGCCCUGACUUGGGGAGACCACUUCUAAGUUCGAAAAGAUAGCAUCUUUAUCCAUUCAGUUUUUUGCCUCUGCUUGAGCUUGCCACUGAGGGCAUCAAUUGGUAGAUGAAGCUUUUCACAUUGAUAUGUGCAAGUUUUGAUUGCUGUUGACCUAAAAUGGAUCAGGACUUACUGCUUAAAAAUGAAAAGGCAUUGCAAAUUCCCUAUGCCAUUUCGGAGCAGCCCCUAACUUCUGAAUCCUUUCUUUAGAGUCCUGUAAACACAGGUUUCAUGCACUUGCCAUGCCUUUCACUAAAAGGUUGGGAGAUCAAAAAAACAGAAACACUGGCUUUGCAAAUAUUUAAACUAUUUAUGCAUGCCCUGUCAUUGAUGUUCAUUAAUGUAGAAUUGAAAGAUACCAUGGUUCUUUCUUACAGAGGUGGCAGGGGUACAUGUUCAUAUUACAGACUAAAUCAGAGAGAUAACAGCAUGAGCUUUUGUGAGCCAGAGCUCACUUCAUCAGACGCUGUGAAAGGACAUGCACAGAACAUUUUAGAAAACUGAGAGAGUGAUUUGAAUAUCAAAUAUACUAUAAAACAGGAUGAUGAUAACCCAGUUGUUUUAGAAGGCACUUCUACUUUCAUUGAAUCAAGUUUUAAAUUUCCAGCUUUGGGUGCUGCAGUUUUACAUCUGGAUGCUCAGUUGAUGUCUGUCUUUUUUCUGCGUGAAGUUCUCUGACAUAGAUGUGUGAAAGUCACCUUAGGAAAGCAGAUACUGUAACAAUAUCUGGAAUCAGCAAUAAUGGUCAGACAAAAACUGAGCGUUGAUCACCUGUGCCACAACUGCAUUAUACAGUUGUGCAGCUUAAAAUGUAAAAAAAAUAGCCUGUCACUGUUAAGUGGUGUCAGACCUGCUGGAGUUAAAUAACCAGACACGCUGACUUUGAAUAGAGAACAAGCCUUUAUUUGUAAAAGUGGCUUGUUGCAGAGCUUUGAGGCUGCUAGAGAGGAUGAGGGUGUGUGCGUUUCCUUGUUUUAUUUCUCUACUAUUUGGAAAAUUCAGUCUUUCAGUUACCAAUUACUAAAAAACUUGAACUCCUGAGAAAUGUUAUUUCAUUAGUUAUGUAAAGUUUAAAGCUCCAAUAUUUUUGUAUAUUUAUGUUAAAUGAACUGGACUUUCCAUAAACUCAUAUUAUCAUUCAGCCUAAAAAAAGGAAUUUAAUGAAGAAGAAACCUGGGAUAUGCACACGCUUAAAAUUCCCAACUUACACAUCCAGAUGAGUCUGACAGGAAUAAAGUUAUUGAUCCUACAGUCUGCCCAUCUGGAGUCCCACUGAAGUCAGUAUGACUCCAGGUGGCCAGUCAUUCUUCAGCCGAAAGGACUCCAUCCGAACCAUCUACACAUCUCUGCAUAAUGAGCUGAAGAAGGUGGUGACAACGGGUCGCAAUGCACUAGGAGGAACAGCUCCUCACUUGGAAGAGCUGCUUUCUCACCUGUCUGAACAGCUCUGUUUUUUUGUUCAGGCUCGGAUGGAAAUUGCUGACUUCUAUGAAAAAAUGUACACCCUCAGCUCCCAAAAAUUCAUUAACUCUGAGGAACUGGUAAACAUUUUGGAAUCCAUUCUAAAGAAAUACAGCUCAAGAUUUCAUCAUCCAAUUCUCAGUCCUCUUGAAAGCAGCUUUCAGUUAGAAGUAGAUGUGCUUGCUCAUCUUCUAAAGGCACAGGCUCAGAUCUCUGAGUGGAAGUUCCUCCCAUCUCUGGUCAACUUGCACAGUGCUCACUCAAAACUGCAGACAUGGGGUCAAAUUUUUGAGAAACAGCGGGAGACCAAGAAACACCUGUUUGGAGGACAGUCUCAAAAGGUUGUGCAGCCCCCACACCUUUUCCUCUGGUUGAUGAAACUCAAAAACAUCCUCCUUGCCAAGUUUAGCUUUUACUUUCAUGAGGCACUCAGCCGACAAACAACUGUAUCUGAAAUGAAAACUUUGACUGCUAAAACUAAUCCUGAUUAUUUUGGAAAAAUUUCCAGCUUCAUCCGGAAAUACGAUGCUGUCAAUGUUUCUUUAAUCUUUGACAAUCGUGGGUCAGAGAGUUUUCAGGGACAUGGUUAUCAUCAUCCCCAUUCCUACAGAGAAGCUCCGAAGGGAGUGGAUCAGUACCCUGCUGUUGUUUCCCUGCCCAACGACAGACCUGUUAUGCACUGGCCCAAUGUAAUCAUGAUUAUGACUGACAGAACCUCUGACCUCAACAGUUUGGACAAAGUUGUUCACUUCUAUGAUGACAAAGUCCAAAGCACAUACUUUCUGACACGCCCAGAACCUCAUUUUACCAUUGUAGUUAUUUUUGAGUCUAAGAAAUCAGAGAGGGACUCCCAUUUCAUUUCUUUUCUCAAUGAAAUCUCACAUUCCCUUAAGAAUUCUAAAGCUUUUGCAAGCCUAAAGCCUGGAUCCAAAGGCUAAAAGUCACAUGGACUCAAGUAUUGCCAAGGCAAUGUAUUAGACUGGGAAAUUAAACGUUCACUUUCAAGGAUUGUAUCCAUCCAUGAUUCUCAGAGUCUAAUUAAAAAGGAAACAUUAUUUUAAUAUCUAUUGUAAAUUUUUUAUGGCUAACAAACACUUGAAUAAAAUUAUUUUUUGGCAACGCACGUAGAAAUAACUUAGCUGUGGUGCACUAAAAUGGCUGGGUUUUGUUGGUUUUUUUUGCAUGGUGCUCAGUUUUACAGUAUGAAUUAUUUUUUCAGUCCACAACUUUGUUGCCUUUAAUUAAAUGGAAUGUAUGCACUUUAUCUUGUUUAUGGAAAACUUGGUUAGAAUGGACUAUAUUGUCAGAAUACUCUACUGCUACAUUAACUAUCAGGAAUGAUAUCUUGUUAUUUCUCACCAACACCCACUGGAAAUUAUUGAAACUUGCCAAUCUGAAUGAACAGUCUCAAUAAAAAAGCCAAUGCAUCACAAAAAAGUACUUUUAUUCUGGUAACUGAAGUUUACUCUUAAUAGGUAAUGGUACAAAAGACUUUAAAAAAAUAGUAACAAGCAUUUUUAUGACACUUGCUAUUACAUGACCAUUUUAACUUUGAACAAACUAAAAGGUGCAUACUGGCCAAAUAGAGCUGCAGCAAAACUUUCAAUGUUUUAAGUUAUUAAUUAUGUGGGCAAUCAUUUUUUAUAUCAAAACUGGGAUAAUAACUAAUGCUGCAAUGAAAUUGAAGGUGGUGUCUUUAGUUGUAAGUGAUUUUUAAGAGUUUAGUAGUAAAAAUAACACGCCUUUCAAACAGCCAUGAUUACAUUUCCUUUGUCUCCCUUUCUGAGAAUGCAUCAGAAAAUGGUCCCUUGGAAUAAAAUUAUUUGCAAGUACUAUUA